UGUCUCCUCGCGCGAGAUCUGCGUCUGAAUUCCAUGUUCGUUAUCUGCGCUGCGUUUCGCUCUGCAGGAACUUCUCCGGCGUCAUGUUGUCUCGUUUACUCAAAGAUCAUCAGGCCAAGCAAAACGAACGCAAAGAAAUACAAGAAAAAAGGAGGAGGGAAGCUGUUGCAGCCGCUACACGUCUCACGGAGGCCCUGGUGGAUCAUCUUAAUGUUGGAGUGGCUCAGGCAUAUGUGAAUCAGCGGAAACUGGACAAUGAGGUAAAAACGCUGCAGAUCCAGGCUGCCCAGUUUGCCAAACAGACGCAACAGUGGCUUGGUAUGGUGGAUAACUUCAACCAGGCUCUCAAGGAAAUCGGUGACGUUGAGAAUUGGGCAAGAAGCAUUGAGAUGGACAUGAGAACGAUCGCCACUGCCCUGGAAUACGUCUAUAAAGGACAGCUGCAGCCUGCAACAUGAAGCAUCGACUGUGAACCUGAAAACCGGGCAUUUUGAGAGGAAGAGAAGCGUCCUCACACUUUAAAUCUGACAUUCUUAAACAAUCUGGAAAGCAGGGCCUUCCAACAGGAUGGUUACACUCAUCCUGCAGUGCCCUUCUCGCUGGGGACUCUCCACCCACUGCGCUGACUGUUAAUUACAAUAUCCAAAGCUUGAACGCAGUUAUGCGUUGACUUGUUUUCCCAGAGUGCAACUAUCUAGGAACGAUUAUGUACAAAUGCCAAAAGUCUGGAAUAAAAUAUAUACAAGCCAUUUCAUUUUCCACUGCUAAAAUAAUUUGUUUUGAGUCUUUGGUUGUUAUUGGCAAAUUUUCUUUUAAAAGGACACCAGAGAGCGUUCUUGGUAGAAAUACUCAGUGGACGACUGCCCGGUUGAAACCAAACUAAUUGCGUUUUGAUCCGAUUUCCCCACAAGCUCUGUCCUCUGUGCCAAACAGUUCACAUUGCACGUUGCUGUCUUUGGUGCCCUUGUAUUUAUUUGUCCAGCCUGAGGACAUUGUUACGUUUCCUUCCUGCAGUCUAUUGUCUGCGAUGAUGUCAAUUGCCAGACGACCGCUAUCACUUCUCCCUUUUGGAGUGUACUGUCACUCGAGUGACCUCCCUUGCCAGACUUUACACAGCAGCUGCUGCUUGCCUCUUCCUGUGAUGCAUUCUUGAUGGAUGGCCUCAUUCGCCAGUUUGUUCUUUUUAUCUGUUGCUUUUCCUUUCUGCAGUUUGUCAAGCAGUUAACUUGAUUUCCCAGCCUCUUGUCUGGGAAAGCGACUUCUUUCUGUUCUUAUUAAGGUAGACCUCACUUGUGCUCAGUUGCUGACAUUCCAGAAAACGUGGGAUCCGUAAAAUAAAUGGUUUUUUUUUGUCUAAAUGAGCCGAUCUUUCGUGUCAACGUACAAUAUUGCCCCACCCAAAAGCAUCUCCACAUACUGAUGUAUAUAAAUUAACAACUAAAAGUUAUUCUUGGUACAUACUUAACCAUGUAAGAUGAUAAGUAACACAGAUGCAAAUAAAUUCACUGUUUACCGAU